CAAAUCUGUCUUCUGCAUGUACCAUAUUAAGUGAAAAACACGAAGACAAAAAAACUCCAUUAUUUUUACACUUGUGUCUAGAUUUAAAAGAAAUCAUUGCAAUAUCUGGCAGGAUGUCUCUUCUCAGCAAAGGUCAAAGCUAGCUUUUCCAUGAAGGACCGAAGCAGUGAAAAUAAAAACCCUCCAGUCAAUCUACUUGCUUUCACGGUACCCCAAUACUCCUUUUCUUUUAGGAGGAAGGUGGCGUCCCAAUGUGAGAAAAGCUUUUGAAACCUGAUACUGGGGGCGCCUGACGCGCUCCCGCCCCUCCACCUGUUUUAUGACGGACGGCCCUACGCGAACAAUUCACGUACUUCUCACCCCGCCCCCCGCCCGUGUACAGCUGAACUCCAGCAGCCAAUCAGGGAAAAGUCCAGACAGCAGCUGCGCAAAGAGCUAGCCACGCCAAUCUCUACUACUACCCGGAUUAGAGUGUAAGACCGCUUUACCACAGUAUACAGUUUAGUAAGCAUGCGCAGGUUUUUUUUCCUCCAGCCCCGGUAAGGGAAGUGUUUGCGGCGCAAGAGUUGCGAUCUAUGACGCAAGAAUUAGAAAAUGCCUCAACCUGGCCGGUGGGACUGUGCGUGUUUUGUGGCCUACCCGCAGCGGGCAAAACGACGAUAGCACGAGCGCUCAGCGAGUCUUUGAGGAAGCAGAAAGGCUGGCUUUGCGUUCACCUCGCCUACGACGACCUCAUGCCUCUGGAAGCGUUCAGCCAAUCGGAGACGAGUGUGGUCCAAGAGGGACGGCAGCCAUUGGCAUCUUACUGGAAAUUAUAUCGGCAUGUGUUAUUGCAGUACCUUGAACACUUCCUGCAGGCUCUUAUUGAAGGAUGCCGUUAUUUGCCUCCUCCCAAAGGAACUGAAGGAACCUGGAAAAAAUUUGUUUGCUGUUUGAAAGAGCAAGGCGUAUUAUCUCUGGGACCAGAAGCUCCAGCACCUUGCCAGCAUUUAAUCAAUACUACUACUCUCCAACCAGUGUAUUUUAUUUUAGAUGACAACUUUUAUUAUCGGAGUAUGAGAUAUGAAGUGUACCAAUUAGCUCGCAAAUAUUCACUGGGCUUCUGUGAGUUGUUUUUAGACUGUUCUGUUGAGGUCUGUCUACAGAGGAAUUGUCAGAGAACGCAACCAUUACCUGAGGAAACAAUAUGUGCAAUGGUACAGAAACUAGAAAUUCCAAAUUCAGAGAAAUACGCAUGGGAGAAGAACAGCCUCAUUUUGAAGAGUACAAAAUACACUUCAGAGGAUAAUCUUCGGGUGCUCAAUUUGUUGUCUGCUACUUUGGAAAAUCCACUGAAACCACUAGAAGAAAAUACAGAACACAAGGAAGUUGAUCGAGCUCUUUGUGCAGCCAGUUUCCUUCAUCAAGCUGACCAGGCUGUCAGGCGAACUGUCUCUCAAACAAUGAAGAACGCAAAAGAUAAUAACCUUACCCCAAGCAAGAUGAAGAGCUUGGCACAAGAACUCAACAAGCUGAAAGUGGAAUUUCUGGAAGAUUUAAAACACCAAUAUAAUGAGAAAAAACAGUGUUAUUCAGAGAACACACUUGCUAUGAAUACAUCUUUAUUCCACCAACAGACAAAUGAUACUGCGAAAAAAUACUUCUUAUGCAAGUAACUGUGUGGGCCCGUGCAUAUGCAUGCACACACCAUGUAGAAGAAAUACAAAACACAAGUGAUAAGUGUUUUGGCAAGAACUCUUGUGUCAUAAUCCAAAUUUCCACAGAGGGAAUCUUUGUUGGUGGAUGCAAGAUUGAAUUGCUCUAAUUUAGAAAAUAAGCUAUUAGCUGCUUAGAAAAUACUUAAACAUGAUCUAACAUAUUCCUUGCCUGCUUGACAUAUUUGGUGCUUCAACAAAAGCGGUAAGCUUCUUCCCUAUCAAAAUGACCAACAAGAGAAAAAACAUUUCUGGAAAAAAAGUCAUUAACUGACCAGAGUCAUGUGCCUAUGGAGUUUAUCAUUCAAAACCUUAAAUGUUUCUUAAGCCAAGAUAUUUGUCUCAUACACUUAGAUAAAACACCAUGUUAAGCUUU